UCAAACCAAACUGACAAUAUCGUUAAUGACGUCAUAGUCGCAACGUUUUACACAUUACGUUUUUAUAAGAAGCAUUUCUUCUUAGAGUAAUAAACAUGAAGUUGAUUCUAGCAGCAGUUGCGUUUGUUACCUUCGUCUUUACCGUCAAGCCAGUCAUAGGUCCAUUUAUUCCACAAAUUGACUGCAUGGAACCCGGGAUCAAAGGGCAGAAAACGCAUAUAACAUGUAAAAUAAUUCCCAGUGCAAUUCCAGGCUCAUACUACGACAGCAUAUCACUUGGAAUGGAAUUUUACCGACCAGAUUUCAGGAGAGUCAUCCACUGUACGAACAAAAACGAUGCGUGUUUUUCCAAGUUAGGCCCCAGGUACGUGGGCGUGGCCAAUCAUUCCCGUUUGAGUACAGUGAUAAUAGAGUCAUUCGAUCCAGCGGUUGAUGCCGGGGAAUGGAUCUGCAGAGACCACCCGCUUCCUACACGAUUUGACUCAUGCACCAAGAGAGACGCAGCGUCAGUUCGUAAAACAAUGAGUGGUAAAGCAACGAGUGGUGCCUGUGCCCAAGUAGCAUCAAUUUCUAUGUUUAUCUUCUGGACCAUUGCAAUACUGGCUGCAAACCUACAGGUCACUACUUCGAUGUAUUUCAACUAACUCAGCUCUAAAGACAAGUGUCCAUUGGAUUAUAUUAUAAAAACUGGCCAAAGCAUGUUUAUAUUCAAUUGUUUAUAGACUGACCCACAGUCAUCUGAACAGUGUGUGUGUGUGUGUGUGUGUGUGUGUGUGUGUGUGUGUGUGUGUGUGACGCACACACACACACACACUCACAGAGAGAGAGAGAGAGAGAGAGAGAGAACGAUAAUGUAAGUAUCCAUGUAUUAACCAACUUGCAUGUAUCUGCAUGAAUGUUGAAAGGCUUGCGAAUGUGUGCGUGUGCGCGUAUGUGUGUGUGUGUGUGUGUGUGUGAGCUUUUUAGUGUCUAAACAAUUAAUUUUUGUUGAAUCAGUUUUGUGUAUUUUAAAGCUAUUCAUUUAAUGUGUUAUAUUUUCUGCACUAUUCACUUUGUUGCUCUUGAAGAAAACUUAUAUUAACGAAUUCAGGAUGGAUACAUACAGGUUUCUUUUGUUUACAACCAAAGGACCUCUUAUUAAAGGUAGAUUAAGAAUUAACAACACCAGAUAACCCUAUGGAGUGACCGAAGGCGUUAGCACCGUGUAUUUAUUGUACACAGGAUAUUGCAAACUCCGAAUCGAGAGAAAGGCAAACUACCAACGAAUCGAGGUAAGUUAUUUGCCGUUUUCUUUGAUCUGGUACAGAUUUGUUGACCAAGGUUAUGCGAUUACUAGCUAGAUAAUUUGCUAAUAAAAUCCAUUCAUAAUAA